AUGCGGCUUAAGGUUGGGAGGUUUUCGGUUGCACAGAAGCUGUUCGACGAAAUGCGUGUGAGAGAUGUUGUGUCGUGGAACACUGGGGUUUCUGGAUACUGCGUAAGUGGGGAGGUUGCCAGGUUGGUGAGGCUAGGAGGGUGUUUGGCGGCAUGGUUGGCAAGACUGUUCUCUUGGCCAAGUCGGAAUGAGAGGUGUGCUGAGGCGGUGGGGAUGUUUAGGGAAAUGCAGGAAUGUGGGUUGGCCAUGAAUGGGCAUGCUGAUGAAGCUUCCGAGUGUUUUGUUGGUAUGAUUGAGCAUGGUUUGGUGCCAAAUGAAAUCACGUUUAUGGGCUUAUUGACAGCAUGUACUCAUGCUGGUUUGGUGCACAAGGGGCUCGAGUAUUAUGAUAUGAUGGAGAGAAUAUAUGAAAUAUCUCCCAAGAUUGAGCAUUACGGGUGUGUGGUUGAUCUUCUCAGCUGUGCUGGUCGUCUUGCAAGUUGCCAAAGCACAGAAUAUGAUCAAUUCCAUGCCUAUGAAGCCUAA